CUUUUCUUUUCUUUUCUUUUUUUAAUAUAAAAUGAGUAAAGAGCAAAAGGCUGAAGAAGUCAAGAAUGAAGCCAAUAUUUUAUUCAAAGAAAAGCAUUUCUCAGAAGCUAUAAAGAAAUACACCGAAGCUAUUGAACUUAAUGACAGAGUUGCUUCUUACUACACCAACAGAGCCUUUUGUCAUCUCAAACUAGAAUCUUAUGGUUAUGCAAUCUCUGAUGCAGACAAGGCACUUGAAAUUGAUCCUAAUUUUACCAAGGUACAAGAACCAAUCAGUUCCAACAAGGGGGAAAUACUAAUUAUAUCAUAGGCAAACUACCGUCGUGCAUCA